UGCUUUGUUCAGUUUGUUGAUUAGCGCGUGGUAAAGUUUACAGUCGGUGUCUUCGGUAUGUUUGAGCUGUCAGUUAUUUGUCGAUUUAUUGCCGUAUGUUAUUUGUAUUACCGCAUUUGAUGAGAUAAAGUUGUAAUGCUCCAAAUUUGAAAGAAAUCCGAGAGGGUCAGGUUGAGAGAUGUGUUGAAUUGACAUGGAAUGACCCAGUGGCAGCAAACACAUUAGUAGACAACCAAAUGCAAACACAAGAGAUUUAACCUGCCAGACUCACCUCUGUGGUAAUGAUGGAUGCAGGAAUUCAGAGUCAUCCCAAUUUUGAGAUGUUGGCCCAGAUAGGUAAUGGUGCAUACGGCACUGUUUACCGUGCACGUUCAGCAAGUGGGCAAAUUGUGGCUGUAAAGAAAGUCCGUGUGAACCUUUCUGCUGAUGGUAUACCUUUGUCUACACUUCGGGAAGUUGUUCUUUUGAAGGAAUUGGCUCAGUAUGAACAUCCGAAUAUAGUGAAACUACUGGAUGUCUGCACGGGUCAUAGAACAGAAACCGAUCUGUAUCUGUUUUUAGUGUUUGAACAUUUGGAGCAGGAUUUGUCUAAUUACAUUGAAAAGUGUCCCCGGUCUGGCAUGGGAGCAAGCUUGGUGAGAGACAUUAUGUUCCAGACUCUGAGUGGUGUUGAUUUUCUCCAUAGUAAGCGUGUAAUUCAUCGAGAUCUGAAACCUCAGAACAUCCUGAUUUCUUCUUCCGGAACAGUGAAGUUAGCAGACUUUGGGCUGGCUAAGACUUACGACUUUGAAAUGCUACUUACUUCUGUUGUUGUAACCAUAUGGUAUCGUGCUCCAGAGGUUCUUCUCAACUCAACAUAUGCUACACCGGUUGAUAUCUGGUCAUGUGGUUGUAUUAUGGCUGAAUUGUUUCUCCUGCAUCCUAUAUUUUGUGGAACAUCAGAAGUUGAUCAACUGGACAAGAUAUUCAGCAUCUUAGGAACACCUCCUGAAACAAGUUGGCCAGAGCAGACACCAUUACCUUGGUCUGUUUUCAAAAACUACACAGCUGCUGACCUGGAAGGGAUGAUGCCUGAUUGCUCCCCAGAUGGUCUGAAUCUUUUGCAGAAUUUGUUGAUGUUUGACCCUUGUCAGAGAAUCAGUGCUGCAAAAGCCUUAGCUCAUCCUUAUUUCAAGGAGCAUGGAUACAUUGCACGCUAGCAGAACUGUAUUUACUUGAAUUCUCAGAAGAAAGAGGAAUGUGCACAAGUACUUUGAGUUGAUAAAAGACUGCAAUAAAAUAAACAGUGUUGCUCACUCUAUCACACUGCAUUCCUGAAAAACUCAAUAUUGUGUAUGUAUAUGAAACAGAUGUUAGAACAUGUUCAUAUUCUGAAAACACAUAUGAUACGUUUUAGAUAUGGGCAUAUUUUCAGUCCAUAAAUGUUGAAGAGUGAUUGAAAUUAUACAUGAUAGUUAAAAGGCAUUGUAAUGAGGUUUUUAUUAAAUUUUCAUUCACUUAAAAAGUGCCACUGCUCACAACUUUUGUAAUAUCAAAAGAAAAUGCAGAUUAUAAUCUCAAGAGUAAGUCAGGAACUGUGUCAAGUCAGUUAAUGGUCCAAUUACAUACAUUUUUUAAUAAUUGUCAGAAUGUGUAGAAUUAGAAACCAGUAUGUAUUCUUGUGGACUGUACCAUCUCAGUAGUAUUGGCAUUUGUAUUUUGAGCUUUAAUGGUGAGUCCAAGAAUGUUUCAGCUUUCAACUUGAAUGUUGAAUUUGAGAGAUGUUUGCGUGUUUUUAAAUUAGUUUAAGUACUGAGUUACAGCCACCAUUUUGUAUCUCAAUUUUUGAUCAAGGUAAUGUGUGCUGUGUGCCUUGCAACAGAGUGAUGAGAUUUUCAUUUUCUUUGAAAUGCUAAAGAAAAUGGAAUGUGUGUUUUAAAUUCAUUGGAGCUUUUACAUCAAGAGUAUAUAUUUGUUGUGAUGUUACAGAGUAUCCCAUGAAGUUGUACACAGUAAUGUAUAUUAUUGGUACUCAACAAAUGGGCAUUCUCACAUUCAUGUUAUUAGUACAGAAGCCCCACCCCUCCUCUACCCCAUGAAAAAUGAGUGGUCGUAGGGCAAUGAAUCUUUGUGGAAACAUUUGUAAGGGCUUGUGGAAGGAAAAUAAUAAAUAAACCUGUGGAAGAAACUCAUUCUUAUUUGCAGAUGAGAGGCUUCAAAUCUGGUGAUCUUGUUGGUUACACGGUUUGGAACAAAUAGCCAAUGGCUCUGUUUUCUUCAAAUGUAUUACAGACUAAGGGAGUGACCUCACAAGCAGUGUGAGUUGGAGUUCCAUAGUGCAUUGAAACAUGUGAGGCCAAAGCACUUACCUCCCACUUGCUGAUAAGCAUAUCACAGUACAUGUGCUGUUCAGACUGCAUGUCUUUGGUCCUUUGGGAGUUACUUAAAGAAAAAUGGAGCAGUCAUGAACUGUACAGUGAAGCCACACCACACAGCGAUGCAUUCAGUAUGCAGGGCAACUUCAAAAAUGUUCGUGGACAAUGACAGUCCCCAAAUUUGAGUGUGUUCACUGUCCCAUUGAGUGUAAUGUGUGUUUCACCACUCCGCAAAGUGUUCAAAGGCCACAGGUCAUCAACUUUAACCUUUGCAAGAAACAUAGGAACAAAAUCUACUUGAAUGUCUGCAUCACAUGGCAAAAGUUUGUGAAUAAUGUGAGGUUUGUACAGAUACCAUUUCACAAUUGAUCACAGCACUUUUUGAAUGAUGGAGCAUGCAAUGUUCAGGUGAUAAGCAUUCUCAGCUUUGGCAACAGUAACUUUUGUCAACAAUUUGUACUGCAAUUGGCAGACACUUCUCCAGUGAGCUAACCGAAUCAUUUGCCGAUCAUUCCAAACUGUGUAACCACCUAGAUCACCAGAUUUGAACCCUCUCAAUUGGAAAUCAAAAUGUGUUACUUUCAGUGAUUUAUUUGUUAUUUCACUUCCAUGUGUUCACACAAUUUUUUCCAUAAUGUUUCAUUGUCCCACAAUCACUUGUUUUUCAUGUGGCCCUAUUAAGUAGCAAAAGUUUAAUUAUAGUGCCCCUGUAUUUAUUAUAAAAAUGUGUGAGCUAUUCUUGCAUAAUAUAGAGCUACAUAUUAGUCAUCUGGGGAGUAGCAAAUAUUAUAGACUUAAUAAAAAAAUUACAUUGUUUUGAUAUUGUUAAUAUUCAGUUUUCAUAUGUGUUGAAAAUUAGCAUCUCAACAAUGAUUAAUUUUAAGUUUGUAGUACUAUAAAAUCUUUGGAUAAACCUCAGAGCUGUGAAUGAUGUGCCUUUGUUUAAUAGUCUGUUCAUUGGAUGAUGUGCAGAAACCAGUUAAUACAGACGCUGGUACUAGAUGUUUGUACUCAGUGUCCACAAAAUGUAUUAAAUUUUAAUAUUGUUAUAACAUUUGAAAAACAUGACCUAUUUCUUGUA